GUCCAUUUUUUAAGCCCAAAAAUGAAUCGAGUGGACUUGAAAUGAAAUGAUAGUGACAGAACAUUCUGCUCCUCAUUUGGUCCGCACCACCUCGAUCGGGAUCGGGAUCGGGACAAACCAGUUUUCGGCAUCGGAUUCAAUCGCUCUUUCUUCCUAAUCCUAAGCCGCCGCCUGUCUUCAGCCAAACUAUUUGAAAUUUUCGCCGCCCAGGUUAGAGUGGAUGCUAAAGGUGAAAUAUAGAAGAUGGACAAAUUAAGGGAAUUUGGGAAGAAAGCUUUGUUCUACGUAAGGGUUCUCUCUGGAUAUGAAGAACGUAGAAUUCGGAACUACAGAUUGGAGCUCGAGAAACGCCUGCAACAGGCGCAAGCAAGGAAAGCAGCCCUAAGAAAGAUUCCUGAGCAGACUGUAUUACAAGAGGUUCGCCGAAUGGUUGAGGAUAUGCAAGCUCUAAAUAAAAGGCUUGAAGAAACAGAAGCUGCCAUCGAAGAGUACUUCAAACCAAUAGAUAAGGAAGCUGAGACGAUAAUGAAAAUCCAGCUUGAUGGAGAAGAGAAGACAAUGAAACAGAUGAUGGCAACAAUGCAGAGAGAGGCCUUUCUUGAGAAAAUGGAAGCCGAGAAAAUGGCAAACAUAUGUCAACAGGAUGUGAACCAAAGUAACCAGGAUGCUACUACUCUUAGCAGCAGUCAACAUGCUCAAAUGAGAUAGUUAACCAACAUCGAUUCCAUGAACGCUUAUAUUUUAUGUUUCCCCUCUUUGGGUUGGGUUGUAUGUUCGACUCGAGAGGUGUUUGAAUAAAUUAAGGCUCUUACUGAGAAAAGUCGAACCGUCUAAAGGCUGAGUUUUGUCAUUUAACAAAGUUAUUAUUUGC